GGGUCCAUAUCUUCGGAAUCCAUCCCGCCGAACCGGUGUAGUGUCCAAGGGGGGCUGGAUCCCGUCGGCUGGUGAGGUGGUGUGGUAUCCAUGAGCCAUCGAUCAUCAUCCCAAUUUUCUUCUUCUUGAGGGGAACACUUUAUCUUAAACGGGCUUACCACCGCUACAGGCUUUCCUUCCCACACCGUAGGCAACUUAAACUUCAGACUCAUUUCUUCUUACAAACUGUUGCUAACAAAUGACUUCUCUCCGCGCGUUCUACAAUUUAAGCACAUAUUUCCAAGGUCAUCCCUUCUACAUCUCAAAGUCGUUCACUCCUACAAGGUCACACCCACUCAAGGUCGUGAGUGUUCGAGGUUAUAUAUGUUCAAGUCACACUUCAAGGUCAGUCGGAAAAUCAAGGUCACACUUCAAGGUGAACCGGAAACUCAAGGUCACACUUCAGGUCACUAGAAAACUCAAGCUCACCCUUCAAGGUUAAUCGAAAACACAAGGUCACACUUCAAGGUUACUCGAAAACUUAAGGUCACACUUCAAGGUCACUCGAAAACUCAAGGUCUCGCUUCAAGGUCACUCAGAAACUCAAGGUCACUCGGAAACUCAAG